AUGGACUCAUAUAUGAGCUCAAGCAUAGAAAACUCCCCGAAUAGCGCUCCAGCCCUGGGCUCGAGUAGCAACACCGACAAGAUAUCAAAUCGCUUCACACGUCUAUCCACCCCGCCUCCAAGACCUACAGCAAACGUGUGGUACGGUCUCCCGUCACCCAAUACGCCAGGCUUCAGCGACGGAUUGCCUGAAACAUUAAAACACUCAUUGGGAAGAGGCGAGGCAAACCAAGAGCAAGCUUCUCUUGCCCACAGAAGCUAUGAGCAUGGGAAGAUAAUCGCAGAGAGUGAGGACCCCGAAGAAGAGGAUGUCACCAUGUCUGCGCGCGAGUCCAGCUCCGCUGUCACUACCCUGAACCACGAUCACCAACUCGGGCGAGAACUCGAUGAAUUUUCACAUUCCGCUACUGUACGCCGUAGUACGCGAGUGCGCACGCAGGUCAGCUCCUACAACCUUUCACCCACGCCGCCAGCAGACCCUCGCAAAGCGACGAAACCAAAGGCAAAGGCUGCUCCUACUUCGGCCACUUGCGAAGUAUCUGUGCCUUUCGAAUUGACCGUAACACCUGCAAACGCAGACCCGAUCCCCUUUGAAGGUCUUCCUGUUCUGAGAACAACUGAUUGGGAAUUGAAGUAUCCACCAGGUGGGAGCACUCAUCCCUCCUACCCGUACCCGACGUUGGAUCCGCGUUUGAUCUUCUGCCAACCCUUCGUGCCGGUUAUUGAUGGCUUGCCGGAUUUCUCAAAAGUGCCCAAGCUCGUUUUGCCCAUGGGUUGGCGCCAGGUUACUUGGUCUGGUCUCCUGCCCGUGGUGUUUGAUCCGUACCACCAGGCUUUCAAGCUGACACCCGUGGGUCCGCUUCCACUGACGUGCGAGGAGCUACAGCAAGGUGGGUUGCAGAAGUAUGUACCUGGCGGAGAGCUUCACCCUGAGACAAGUGUGCUCCCCGAUAUGACAAGUCUCGCUGAUGGCUCGGUCGAUGAAGUGUACAACUGGGAGGGUGUCGACUGGACCUUGCCUUGGGCUGAGCAUAAGAGCAGUGGCCUAGUCACAUCUUCAGCGUCAGAAGUACCUGUCUUCAGCAGGGGAGCGGUCUUCCAGAACCACAACGUUUCCACGUUUGUCAUCGUGUCACCAUGGCGAGAAGCUCGCGACUGUCCGAAUCUGAUACUUGACUUGGAGGAUGCUUGGCGUUGGCUCAGUGGUAAAGAGCAGCAGCCCGACGCCGACUUUAUUCCCAUCUCAGCCAAGCGACCUCGAAAUGGCGCAUCCCGUUCCAAUCGCAAAACCAAGUCUCCCAUCCCGGAGCUCAUGAUAGGUGCAAAGAUUGCCGACCCAGACGAAGCCAACCCUGUGAUUCAGAACCAGGAUGCCAAGCUGUCGAGUAAGAAUAACGAAUUCUGUCCUUACAAGAGUGUGGCGACGCCGAUGAAUGUGGACAUUACUCUGCUUGCAGACACCGAGUUCACACUGAUGGAGCUCCUCAGUUACUUUCCGCAGCACUAUUAUUGGGGCCAUGCGGCAGAGCGGCUUGCCCGAGCUGGAGCUUCGUCUUCGGUCAUUAGGAACAUCAUCAACAUGACACGCGCUCUAGAGGGAGAGGCCGCCUUGAAGACUUCCACAGUCUACAGCGCCACGAGAAAGUCGAAACAGGAGAUGGCCAAGCAAGAGGAUGUCACCGAAGCCACAGAAAUCGAUCAAAGUGGUGCAGAAUGCGCAAGUGCAGUCGCGGUGCCAGACAGCAAGCAAGUGACCACCAACUACACAGCAGAAGGGUGGACAUACGACGCCUGGUCCAGGAUCGACUACCCGCUCUUGGCUCUAGCUCACGGCCUACAACAGCCGCCUGCAGGACCAGACGCAGGCCCUCUGACUUCCUUGAUUAAGUGGUGCCGCAAGAACGAACGCUAUCGAGUUUUGCUGAGCGAGGUACCGGACCUUCUCAAAGAAGCCGAGAUUGGGCCAUUGAUUGAGCCCGGCGAGGAAGGUUGCCCAGACAAAGAUGUGGCUCCUCGUCAUCACGAAGCGAUGAAGAAGGAUGGUCAGCGCGUCAAGCGAAGCCUGGAAGUCUUGAAGCGGGCGACUGAAGAUGAGUUGCAGUGCCCUAGGAAGAAGAGGAAGAUGAGCGAAAUUAUCUGA